UCCACGCACAGACUACCGAGCGAAGUUGAGUGUGAGACAACCAGUCUAGAGUAAGUCUGAUUUCAGGAUGGAUGCAAUACCUUAUUGUCUCAUAUUUUCGCUCGUGUUCUUUGGAACUGGGAUUGAACAAACCCAAGCCUUGCAAUGCUACUGCCAGCGCUGCCCCAACUCCACCUGCAACACGGAUGGCCUCUGCUACGCCUCCGUCACCAAAACAGGCAACCACAUGACCAAGAAGCAAAGCUUUUGCCUGCGCGACGACGAGCUUUUCCCGCGUGACCGGCCCUUUCUCUGCGCCCCCUCAACCAAGGACGGCACGGGCGUCUACCCUAUGUGCUGCAACACGGACCUCUGUAACAAAAAUCCCAACUUUGUCAUUCCCGUUCCGACGGUGAAGCCUCCGUCCCUGGGUCCAGUGGGCUUGGCGGCAGUGAUCGCAGUGCCGGUGUGUGUACUGUGCUUCUUACUGGUGACCAUCUUCUACUUCUGCCACAGUCGAUCAGUUAUCCACCACCGCGUACCCAACGAGGAGGACCCCUCCAUGGACCACCCCUACAUUACCGUGGGGACCACCCUCAAGGACCUCAUAUAUGACAUGACCACCUCUGGGUCCGGCUCAGGCCUUCCGCUGCUGGUGCAGAGGACGAUCGCCAGGACCAUCAUCCUGCAGGAGAGCAUCGGAAAGGGCCGUUUCGGCGAGGUGUGGCGCGGCAAGUGGCGCGGCGAGGAGGUGGCCGUGAAGAUCUUCUCAUCGCGCGAGGAGCGCUCCUGGUUCCGCGAGGCCGAGAUCUACCAGACAGUCAUGCUCCGCCACGAGAACAUCCUGGGCUUCAUUGCCGCCGACAACAAAGAUAACGGGACAUGGACUCAGCUGUGGUUGGUGUCGGACUACCAUGAGCAUGGCUCUCUGUUCGAUUACCUGAACAGGUACACUGUGACGGUGGAGGGCAUGAUCAAGCUGUCGCUGUCCACUGCCAGCGGUCUCGCACACCUGCACAUGGAGAUCGUCGGCACUCAAGGUAAGCCAGCCAUCGCUCACCGAGACCUCAAGUCCAAGAACAUUCUGGUGAAGAAGAACGGAACCUGCUGCAUCGCCGAUCUGGGCCUUGCCGUGCGCCAUGACUCGGCCACCGACACCAUCGACAUCGCGCCCAACCACCGAGUGGGCACCAAGAGGUAUAUGGCCCCGGAGGUCCUGGAUGAUUCAAUAAAUAUGAAGCAUUUUGAGUCGUUCAAGAGGGCAGAUAUCUACGCCAUGGGCCUUGUGUUCUGGGAAAUCGCCAGCAGGUGUUCGAUUGGUGGUAUCCAUGAAGACUACCAGCUGCCCUACCAUGACUUGGUGCAGUCAGACCCCUCAGUGGAGGAGAUGCGUAAGGUGGUGUGUGAGCAGAAACUUCGACCCAACAUUCCUAACAGGUGGCAGAGCUGUGAGGCUCUACGGGUGAUGGCCAAGAUCAUGAGGGAGUGCUGGUAUGCUAACGGAGCAGCCCGGCUAACGGCUCUACGCAUCAAGAAGACCCUCUCUCAGCUCAGUCAUCAGGAGGGCAUCAAGAUGUAGAAUCCCCACCCCAUCUGCACCCAAAAUCCAACCAACCCCACCCAACCAACCAACCACCACCCCCCCCCCCCCCCCCCCAACCCCGUUCAGACCCACAGACUCCGCCAUAAACCCUAAAUGUCAUUGCAAUUGUCCUUAUGGUUUAUUAUCAUCAUCGUGGUGAUCAUGAGAAGAAACUGUGCCACUCCGGUUCUCCCUGCUAGUGAGGAGGACCACUAAACCUGGCGACUGAGUUUCUGUCUUGUUUCAUAACCUCUGUGGAGUAAUGAAUGGUCAGUCUUCUCUAUCGGGAUGGAAAGGCAGUGAUCAUUGUUGGGACAGGGGUACCGGGAGGGGUGAUUUAAAAAAAUAAAUAAAAAAAAGAGCGGUGGACUGGACCUGAGUGCCCUUCAGCCAUUAUCAGCGACUCACCGGAUGGUGUGUUGGCAACCCUUGUCUGCGUCCUCAGUUGUGAUUGGUCAGAUUUGCUGCUGUGCUGUGGUUGAAUUGAGAUGUGCGCUCAUGAUUGGCUAUUGGCUCACCUCUGGUUCAGUUCCCCAGUUAGCAACGCCCUCGGCCAAACGGGACGGACACUCCAAACCUGACCAAGGUCAUAGGUUACGGUGGGAGGGGUGCAGGAGUCAGGCAAGGGUGGACCCUCUUUGGAUUUUCAGGGACCAGCCUGCUUUCAAUGCUGUUCUUUAAAGACUGACUGAAACAAUUACAUUUGUCAUGUUUUCUGUUUUUUUUAAAUUUCAUGACAAAAAAGAAAUGAUUGCUCUGUGGAACAUUUUGCACCUUUUUUUUCCCCUUGUAUUUCUGUUCUUGUACUCACCGCUGCGGUCUUCAGGUCAGUGUAACUUAGUGUAACUUAUUUGUCAUAACUAUUUUUUUUUUUUUUUUUUUCAAACACACUAGACAUGACCUCAUUUUCACUCUUGGCAAACAUGCUGUGACAUAUGCAAUAUAGAUAAAUCCAUAUCUAUUUUAUAUAUAUAUAUUAACUGCUCUGCUACAACAACUACCAACAACAACACGUACUUCUACUACAACACAACCAUGCCUUCCAAACCAGAUGUUACCGGAAAGUGCCAAUGCGCUAGAACCACCAAUCUCUACACCCACGCUGCCAAGGAGACCCCUUACCCCCACGCAAAGAUUUUCAGUCUUCACUGGUGAAAAACUAGGAUGAGCAGAGAUCCUUACAGGGACUGUUGGCAGUGUCCCUGCUUUGCUGUUGGGCGAGAGGGUGGUGGGGGGGGGGGGGGGGGGGAUCAUCUCCAGACAGUCAACUCCCCCAGUGCCAUUUCCUGCCUGCGUCAUCCUCUUCAUUGGCUGUCAUGAGGAAGAGCAGCGCCUAUGCCUUCUGCUCCGCCUAAGUCCACCUCCUCAAAACUCUCGAGACACACCUGGUAAGUGAAUGUGGGUGUGUGUGUUUAUGGCGAGGGGGUGGGACGGGUGCCAUGUUACAACUGCUGCCAUUUUGAACCGAAUGGACCAAACAUAGGACUUAAAGCAACACUAAGCUCUUGUCACCCCUUCAGAAUCUCACCCUGGGAUAGGCUCUUUUGUUUCAAUUUUUUUUUUUUUUUUUUUUCCAAAGUGAAGUGACGUGUCAGGUUUGUGGACACCACUCUCAUCAGAAACGCGGGCUCUCUCUGCCCUCUCUAUGCCUCUGUUUGAAUAGAACAAGUGGCUGGAAAACCACCUCGCAAAUGGGCUGCCUUCCUCAGUGACGUAACAAGCGGUCAGGAAAAUAAGACCAUUGGUUGGCUGACGCCUGUGAGAGUUAUUGUGAAGUCACAAUGGAAACAAAAAAGGAGUAAUGUCGGUAUCGUUGAUGUUAGUUGGCGCUCUUGAGAAAGACAAUUUGUCUUUUUUUGUCUCAUAAGUGUACAACAACAAACUUAUCAAGUAUUGUUAAAGAGGGUGAAGUGCAUCCAUUGAAAUAUAUAGCAAAUGAAUAUUUACUAAGCCAUAGGUUUUCCAACGUUUUGUGGCAACUUUUUUCUACUAGAAUGUACAUUUUAUGAUGAAGAAAAAGAUGUAACAUACACUACAUAUUUCAGUUGAGCAAGCCUCAAGGGACCAAUAGAGACAGGUUUGUUCUUGCUUUGUAAAAAUAUAAAAAGCAGAUUCAAAUCUGUAUGAAUAGGAUAUGUAGCACCAGUUAAUCGUUUAUAUUUUUGAAAGACAGACCAUGUUACCACACAUAUCCGCUAGGAGUUUGAUUUGGGACAUUGAUUCAUGUUUUUGCUAAAUUUUAAUUGUGGUUGAAUUUGUGUUUACACACUGAAAACAAAACGGCAUAAUCGUCUGUUUUUCCAUAGGAUUUUGUACAAAGUUUGGUUGUAGGGUAGUGAAAUUUAAGGUCAAUUAAAAAGGUAUGGUGUUUCUCCCCAACAGGAAUAUGAGCCCAUGUUUUUGUCUUUUUUUUUUUUUUAGGAUCUUCAGGCGCACUUUAGCAUGAGAGUAUUGUUACUCUAUUCGUUAUGACCAGUAAGAUUUCUGAAUGUCAGUAACGUGACAGCAUUGUCUUUUGUCACGGAAUCCAUGUUGUUCGCCUUACGCGCUUCAGCCCUUAAUAAACCCACCAAUCCAAAAGACGUGUCUGUUCCAUUCAGCAAUAAGUGCCCUUCCUGCUUGCCCAUAUCUGUUAAUGUGCUUGCACGUGAAGUUCGGAUCUCCGCUUUGGAGUUCUGUCAAAAGCAUUUUGUCGGCCAUUGUGCUGCUACGGCAUUUUUGUUUUACUCUACUGGAGCUGCGAGGGACUGACUUUGUCUGUCCUGGACUGCAAACUGCACAAUAUCGGAUGUACAUAAUCUCCAAACGCAUGACUGUAGAAUGGCCUUUUUGAGUUUUUUUUUUUUUUUUUUUUUUUUUUGCUGUUCUGCCAGGGUAAUGGGUGGUGUGGACUUUAGGUUUGACCGCUCCACUCUUAAUUUGUCAACUUUCUCAGUACAGUCAAUUGGUAAAGCAUUAAUUAAAUGUCUUUUGAGCAUUA